AAAACAUUUAGCAGCGGCUGCUGUGAAUGAGCUCCACCUCUGCAGGUGGAUGUGACCGGCUUUACACUGGAGAGAGGGUCCAGUGUGUCUAGGCUUCAGGACUGUGUUACAGCCGACAACAACAUGGGGCUGCUGUCGGACCCAAACAGAAGACGGGCCUUGAUCAGCCUGCUCACCCGCCUCAAUACCCCAAUCUGUGUGGUCUGCUACAUGGCGGGCGUGGCCUGGUUCAUGGGUUUAGCUUUUGAGCCGUUCACUCUGCGGACAUACAUGUCAGAGAACGCCAUGGGGUCUACCAUGGUGGAGGAGCGGUUUCCAGCCGGGGAGAGGGCACUGGCCACCGGCAGGGAGUUUGCGGCUCAUAAGAAGAAAGCAGGUGGGAUGCCUGUGGAUUGGUUGGUGAAGACCAUGCAGGCUAGAGGGCUAGAAGUGUUUACCCAGAGCUUCUCUCGCACUCUUCCCUUUCCUGAUGAAAACAAAGAGAGAUAUAUGGUGAAAGGCACAAAUGUAUAUGGGAUCCUUCGGGCCCCUAGAGCUCCACGGACUGAAGCCCUGGUGCUGAGUGCUCCCUGCAGCCCGGGCGAUAACAACAACCAGGCUGUGGGACUGCUGCUUGGUUUGGCACACUACUUCAGGAAUCAGAUUUUCUGGGCCAAGGACAUCAUCUUCCUCGUGAAUGAGCAUGAUCUGAUUGGUAUGCAGGCUUGGCUGGAGGGCUACCACCACACCAACACUACAGGAAUGGACUGGUCCCCGCUGCAGGGCCGCGGUGGUUCAAUCCAGGCAGCUCUGUCCCUGGAGCUCAGCAGUGAUGUUGUCACCAGUUUGGACCUAGUACUGGAAGGUCUCAACGGCCAGUUACCCAAUCUGGAUUUAGCCAACCUCUUCUAUGCCUUCUGCCAGAAGAUAGGAGUCCUUUGCACCAUCCAGGGCAAGCUGCAGAGGAAUGACUGGGACAGUGUGUCUGGCUACAGCCACGCAGUCAAGACCAUGAUGCUGAUGGUGAUGAAGCAGGCCAGUGGACGACCUUGGGGGGACCACGGCCUGUUCCUGCGUUAUCACAUCGAGGCUGCCACCAUCAAGGGCGUCAAUAGCUUCCGCCAGUACAAGACUGAUACUACCACCAUUGGCAGGCUUCUGGAAGGGAUGUAUCGUAAGCUGAAUAACCUCCUGGAGCGCCUGCACCAGUCCUACUUCUUCUACCUUAUGCCGUCACUCUCUCACUUUGUCUCUAUUGGUUACUACAUGCCUGCUUUCGGCCUGCUAGUCGUCAUCCUGCUGCUUCGCGCCUUGGACCUGUGGGUUCAACUUUCGACUCCACCACCAAGAACAGAAGAUGGAGUUGUUGACAUUGAGCAGCAGUCCAGUCCAGGAGUGCUGUCUGUGUUGACUCCUCUGGUGAUCAGCCACCUGACCGGAGUGGCUCUGUACACACUGCCAAUCCGUUUUCAGGAGAUGGCUGUUGAACACUUCCCAGUGUCAGAGACUGAGGCUGUGGUUCUGACAGCUAUUGCUGUUUACACAGCAGGGCUGGCUUUGCCUCAUAACACACACAGACUCCUGUCAGAUGAGGGGACGGAGCAGGGCUGGAGAGUGCUGAAGCUGGUCGCGGUGCUGUACCUGGCUGUGCUGCUGGGUUGCACCGCCCUCAUCAACUUCUCCCUGGGCUUCAUCCUGGCUCUCACCCUGGUGCCUGUGGCUGCCUUCGUCACACCCCACAUCCCAAAUGUUCUGUCAGCCUUCAUCUUGGUCGUCCUCAGCCCAGCCUGCACGCUCCUGUUUUCUGUCUUUUUCUUCCAAGAGCUACAGGAAAUGCCCAUCAGCUUCCAGGAGGGUUGGUUGCUCUACCUGUCAGUCAUCUCGCAGGGCAUCCUGGACCACUCCCUGUACGGCUCUCUGGUCUACCCACUCAUAGCCCUGCUGGUCUAUCCUUGCUGGCUGCUUUUCUGGAACAUCCUCUUCUGGAAGUAGAUGCCAGUCAUGCGGAACCACUGAAGGCUUUCAUGGGGAGAGAAACCCUCUGAGGU